AUGCGCUCUUCUACACCUCUUCCGACUCCACCAUCUCCACAACAAAUUCACCCUUCCUUCGCCGUUCCUGAAUCUUCCUCCUCGCCUGCUUCAUCAUCGGUUCCGCAGGUGGUCUCCGCUUGUUCCCGUGCAGAUGCGGAUGUUCCAUCUGCAUCACCUCCGCUAGCCGUCGCCUCGACACCUGCUGUAGCGCAUCCCUCUUUGUUAACAUCAGCGCCUCAUGCUACACAGGCGCACCCUGCUUCAAGCAUGUCGGACGCGAUCGCCGAGUCGCGUGACGAUGAUCCGUCCGCGGUGAUCACCGCAUCGACACCAACCAAUGGGAUGCCCCAAGGUGACUUGAUGUCGGCGUCAUCCUCCUCCUCCUCCUCGUCGUCAUCAGCGCCUGCAGGCCUCGCAGCAGGCCCUUCGAUCGAGUCCGCUCCUCGUCCGCAUGGUGAUCUGACCACAGAUCCAGAUGCUUCGGCAUGGCCGUCGACAAGCGCUAGCUCAGGUGCACAGACCCCUCAACCCACACCGACUGUCAGCACGCUCCAAUUCGCUUCCGACGCUCUAUCCACCCUCCCACCAUCCCACCCAGAUGCCGCUGCGGUGCCCACCUCCGCUGCUGAGCUCCUCACCGUCAUUCACCGCAAAAACAAAAAGGCGCCCGCUAUCCAAAGCCCGCGUCCCGGCAGUUCGGGAUCCGCCCGCGCUCGCAGCGCUGCCACCACUCCGGUUCCCACCUCCCUGUUGCUGAGUGUCAAGCACGACUCGUUCGACACCACUGCCCACUCUUCGCGAGCAACCACACCCACGCGCACCCCAUCAGGCCGUGCAAAACGUCAAAGACGCGAACGAAACCUCGGCACGCCGAGUGCAUCCACUUCUGCCUUGCCUAGCAUCGAGCAGAACGAUCGUAGAAGAUCGGCCAGGGUCGCCAAGGCCGUCACCACUACCACUCCUGACUCGUCUUCGCUCCCGAAUCUGGCGCUGUUUGGCUUCUCUCCCUACCUCGAGAAUCUAGUCUUCAACGCGAAGGAUACCGAUCGCCGCACCCGCUCGGGCGGCAGAGGCUUUCGCCCGCCUGUCGAACGUGCUCCUGCCAAAGUCAAGCGCACUGCACCCAAGAACAAAGCGAGGGAGGCCGAUCCCGAUGGACCCGACGACGAAGCAAAGUCAGAACUUUAUCGUCAGCUAUGCAUCAUAUCAUACCAAUUGCAGGCGCACCUUGACCUUGUACCUCACAAAUCGCUCGCAGAACUCAAUGCUCGAUUCGGUACACCGUCAGCCGACGACGACGACGAUGACGAGGCUAACCUAGUUCCUGCAAGCACCGAUGCUGCCAAUGCAGUUGCCAACCCAGUCGCACUACUCAACCCCAGCCGCGCUGUUACUCCUGCAAUCACCAUCCAAAAGCAUGACCACUAUCCCGAACCAAGUGGAAGCAUCUCCAGCUACACACAGCAUGUCGUUGUCAAAGCAGAACCUCCUGCCUCCCCUUCGCUGUCGACGAGGCAACCCGAACCGUCACGGCCCGCCUACUCGCCCGAGUCCUCACCGGAAGUGGCCCUCAUGGACACCGUCAGACCGACGUACAACGGCGUUCCCUCUUAUUAUCCGCAUUCCUCGCAAGGCGUCUACCAGCCCCAGAUUCAGCCACAGCACGAGCCCAAUGCAUGGGCAGCGAAAGUCGAUGAACCAGAGGACGAACCCAUGUCGCCCAUGUUUCGACCUGCUCGUUCCAACAUCAUGUCGAUCUCUGCACUCAUGAGCGGGCCCAGUCCUUCGAAAGCCCGGUCUCCCACUCCCGAGCUCAUCCAGACGCCCCCGAGGCCAGUUGACGCGCUGCCCAUGCUGACGCAGGAAUGGACCGAGGACGACGAGAUGGCUUCGCGCUUCCUCCAAGCCUGUGCCGAGUCCAUCCCCAAGAUCGACACAACCGAGCUCGACCGACUCACCCAGAUCGCUCAACUCGCCGCGUUUGAUCUCGAGAUGCUCUCUGCACCAUCGUCACCAUUGCCAUCGACACCGUCGUUGUCGACACCCACCACAGAUCAGCAGAAGCACGAUGUCAGCGUCAAGUUCGACCCGCGUCAACUCAACCCCCUUGACUCGCUCGACACGCAAGAGCUGUACGAUCGAGAGGAAGCAGACUACCUCGAAGAGAUGCAGAACAACGACGAUCUGUACGAGAACGCUCGUUACCUGGCCAGCUUUGACGAGGUGGUCGAUGAGUGGAGAGCGGGCGAGCUGGCACGUCUUCGGUUGCAGCUCGAGAUGCGGAAAGCAGAGAUCGAGCGUAUUUGGACGUGCGAUCGCAAGCUGGCGUGGUCGACGUUUGUAGAUAGUAGAGCUGGCGGGUUGUAUCGCGAAGCGAUGGCGAAAGCGAGCCGUGCGAGGUGGCAAGCAGAGAUGGAGAUGGAUCUGCUCGAAGUGCAUCGCAGACAGACGCGUGGCUUGCGCAAGCUUACCACAGAUUUGUGGUUGCCGAAAGGAGACGAAAUGGAGGACGAGGAGAUUGCGGAUAUUUACAAGCGGUACGGUCAAUUCGUGUCUGGGGCGAAGUAUCCCAAGAUGGAUGAUCCGCUGGUCAGAGCGGACGUGCGAAAGAUGCGCAACGCUUUGCGUGCGCACAAAACCCUGGAGCGGGAGCAACAGGCAAAGACGAAGACACAGGCAGACGGAACCGAGGCGACCGAGGCAGCAGGAGCAACAGGAGAAGCUGUGGACGUAUUCGCGGACGGUAUCUCCUCAUACGAUUCCGUUUCUGAAGAAGAGUUUGACUCGGAGGAACACGACUCAGACUCCUCGUACGUUUCAUCUGACUCAGACAUCUCAUCGCUGCCCUCGUUCAGCUCGGUGUACAGCUCGCCGGUCGUGCGCAGCAUCGCGGACGUCGACAUCGGAGUGUCCGAUUUGGACGCACUUGCGUCCGAGGUGGCUUCGCUUGCCGACGCCGGGGACGAAUCGGACGAAGACGCAGAUGAAAGUCUCUGGGCACGUCAGAUCCGACUUGCCAAUCAGCAAGCCGCACAGGGUUUGGCGGCAGGCACGGCGGACUCUGGUGCUCACACCGUGAUCGCCGACAGCCGAGCUCAUUCUGCGAUGCCGAGUCGAGCCGCAAGCCCGGUUGUUGCGGGUACUGCACCAGCUGCGAAGCGAGACAGAAAGAGGAAGAAGAGGCCGCCUCCUCCCGGCGCGAGGUUGUGGAAGAAGGGUCGCGUCCAGCAAGAUUCUGAUGCGGUCGAGCUCGAGCAGCAGCAACAGCAGCAGGAGUCGAAGUCAGAGCUUGCAUCUCAACCCGGCCCUUAUCAGAACGGUAUCAACCAUCACCACCACCACGAUACCAACAUGGUUGAUGCAGAGACGAAUCCAAGUCGAGUUGCCAGUCCCAAGCUGCACUCUGCGAGAGAGUUCCCGGACUACGACUAUCGAUCGGGAGACCAUCGCUUCAUGUCCCAACACCACCCGUCGUAUGGCAACAACAACAGCUACGGCAUGCGGCCCAGCUAUCUCCCCGGUAGCGCUGUCGAGGACUACGAGUACGCUCGACCUCUCCACCACGAUGCGUACAAUUCUGGGCGAAUCUAUUCCAGCUACGGUGAUCCGUACGCUCGGCCCAGUGGACACGGUGGAUACCCACACGAGCCGGCAGGAUAUCUUGGUAGACCGGGCGAAGUGAACCAGCAGUAUUCCAUGACACCACCGCCGCCGAUGAUGGAUCAUAUGAUGAGUAGGGCGUAUGCGUCGUACGAGCAUCCAGCGCCACCGCAGCACGCGUAUCCGUCUCACCCGCCACCACCGCUGCCCUCGGCGGCACAGCAGAAGAACCAGUGGCAGCAGCCGCCUUACUAG